CCUUCUUAUAGCUCUACAACGUCAGAAUUCCUAUUUUGGUUUCUGCCUUUUCUUCCUGGAGGCUUGACCGAGUGCCAUUCCUUCUUUUGCAUGAACAUAGCUGCAGGCCAUGUAACGUUAGAGAGAAUUUACUAUGUAAUUAGUUCCAUUCAUUCCCAGUGGCUGUUCACUUCACCCUCGGCAGGGUUCACAGCAAGUCCAGCACUGGGAGGUGUAGGCUGAAAGUCUAAUACCCAGGCUUCGAGCCAAACCUUACUGUACCGUACUUCAGUCUGAGCUGAAGAACUUCACUUGAGAAGGGGAGAGUGUAUUGUGCUCAUUUAGGUAAUGGAAUAAUAGAGAAAAGACAAGAUGAAAGUUAAUAAUACCUUGGCAAAAGCAUUAUAUGACAACAAGGCUGAGUGUUCAGAUGAGCUAGCCUUCCGCAAAGGAGACAUCCUAACGGUUCUUGAACAGAAUGUCUUAGAGAGUGAAGGAUGGUGGAAAUGUUCCCUCCAUGGAAGACAAGGCCUAGCUCCUGCUAAUCGCCUCCAACUCCUUGCUAGUUCCCAGGCAGACAUGUUGUCUCUCUCCUCUAAGCAUGAUUCCCAGGAAUUGCCCAUCUGUCAACAAAAUAUCUACCAGGUCCCAUCAGCUCCCAAGUCUUCCACAUUGUCACCUACGUAUGAACGGAUGGACAGUUGGAUUAAGCCACUUCCUUCGUCUGUUUCUUCUCCACCUACUCAAGAAAUAUAUCAGGUGCCAGCUUUAGCUGCACAAUUAUUCAGUGAAAAGACCCAAAGCCUAACCAAUCAGCACCGGUUUACUCUUCCCAAAGCAUCUCAGGCCUCCAUACCAUAUAUAAAAAAUGAGGCUUAUGAUGUUCCAUCACCACAACACCGGGUGGCCUUAUUCACUCAGAGGUGUGCCACUCCACCCACAGCCAGAAAGGGCUCUAUACCGAUCCCCUCCAAAGAAUAUAUCCAGGAAGAGCGGCAACAGCUUUAUGACAUCCCAUCCAGCUCGGAAAAGGCAGAAAUCUAUGUCCAGCAAGACCCUCCAGGGAGCAGUGUGUAUGAUGUCCCCCCCACAACUGCAAGAGACCAUGACAUUUCACUACAAAAUUUAUCUCAAAUAAAAUGUUUGGGUCAUUAUACUACCUUGCCAAAUCCUCGGAAGUCAGAAUGGAUUUAUGAUAUUCCGGUAUCACCUGAAAAAAUGGGUUUAAAAAAAGAUCCUUCCGGUCGUUCCCUGGAAAAGCAGGUGCUGUAUGACAUACCGCCAGCCAGAUAUGGUUCUAGUUUGCAAAAUGUUCCAUCAACAAAUAUCAAAAGCAAAUCAGUGAAUCCACAAAUGUAUGAUGUCCCACCAACACAGAGAAAAUUAACCUUUCCUGAUAUCCCUCGUUAUAAUGUACCAUCCUCAUGUGACAUGCAACUUUUGCAGCAAAACGGUAACUAUCAUGUUCCACCAAGCUUUCUGACUCCAAGGGUUGAGCAGAACUCUGAACCAAAUGUUUAUGAUACUCCAAAAGUGCUGCCUACUGCUUUACAUCACAGGAAAAGGACUGAAAAAAACAACAGUAGUUUUGGAAACCAUACUUACAACAUUCCUCCACAGCUGUCAAAAGAUUCCAAAUUAGAACAAGACAGGUUAUCAGUUUCCAGUGUGGACAGUAGAACCAGUACCCUAUCUACAUUAUCAAGCACUUCUGCUGAGUCCUCUUCUAUGUCAUCAUCAGAAGAACCUGCAAAAGAAAUUGAAUUGGAGCUUGACUUAGCCAUAGAAGCAUUGACCAAGCUGCAGCACAGUGUAUCCAGUUCAGUUGCAAGUCUGAUGAUUUUUGUAAGCAGUAAGUGGAGAUUCCGGGAACACCUGGAGACAAACCUUGAAGAAAUCCAUAGAGCAAUUGAUCACAUAAAAGUAUCUUUGGGAGAAUUCUUGGACUUUGCUCAAGCCAUCAAGGUGAAUGCCUCUUGCGUCACUGACAAUAACCUUCAAACCAGAAUUAAAACACAACUGAAAAUUCUUACAGACUCAUUCCAGAUCUUGGUAGAAACAAGGGAAGCACUGAAUAACUGCAAGUGGUCACUGGAAGUUCUGGUCAUUAAGAAACCUCAGAAUAACCCAGAUGAUCUUGAUCGGUUUGUUAUGGUAGCCCGCACAAUUCCAGAUGAUAUCAAGAGAUUUGUAUCUAUCAUCAUAGCUAAUGGAAAGCUUCUCUUCAAAAAGAAUUGCAAGGAAGAAGAGACCAAGACACCAAAAAUUGGUACAGAUUAUAAAAUGGCAAAGCCGAUCCCAAUACCCAGAAGAAGAGAACUUGAUUCACUCCAAAGAAAUACUUUGGAUAAACCAAACAAAAACAAAGUCUCUUCUGAGAAAUCAAGAGAAAAUGUCACUGAAGACUGUGAUUAUGUUCAGUUACAGAAGUCUCCUGGGUUGGAACAGGCACAAAAAACCCUUUCAGCGAAAGAGGUGGCAAAGAAGAAUGCAGAUUUAAAAACAAAGGUUUUCCCACCGUCAAAAAAGCAUAAUAUUCAGAACAACCUGGACUUGGCAAAGAAAAUCACUCUCUCAGAAACCUGUAGACUGUAUUUUGGUGCCCUUCACAAGGCCAUUCGGGUAUUUACCAGUAGUCUUAGCAAUAAUCAACCGCCUGAAGUCUUCAUAGCACAGAGCAAACUGAUCAUUAUGGUGGGACAAAAGUUGGUAGAUUCUCUCUGUCAGGAAACUCAAGAAAAGGAUAUUCGGAAUGACAUCCUCUGCAGCAGCAGCCAGUUUUGUAGCCUGCUGAAGAAUUUGGCGGUUGCCACCAAAAAUGCUGCAGUGCAGUAUCCAAAUACAGGUGCCGUGCAGGAACUUCAAAAUCAAGCUGAUGAGCUGUCUAAAUACACUCAGCAGUUUAGAGCAAUGAUGGAAUGAAGAAGUCUUUCCAUUCUUAGAAUAGAAUGGUGAAAACUUUAGGAUCUCCCCCUAUUUCUGGGUUUUAACCCCUCAACUAUGGUAUCCUGAGAGCCAAGGAAGACAGGACUCCACAAAGAACCCAAAUGCCAGUAUUAAAUCAGCCAUACCCUGUAGAGGUUGCUGUUGGGCAAUGAAAGGUGUACUAAGGCCCUGAGAGCAGGAGACACUAGGAACGUUACACAGGCUGUGGCAGCAAGCCUUGGCCUCCCAGUCUGGGUUGACAGAUUUGGGUUAGUGGGGCAUGCUCUGGUGCUCUAAAAACAGAUGUAUAGACGGCGCUUUGAAGUGACAGUGAAACAACCCCUCCUAAGCUUCAGAGCUUGUGCUCCAGCCCAAGCUGCAAUUUCAAAGCGCUGUCUAUACACCUAUUUUUAGAGUGCUAGUGAAAGCCAGCUACCCCGAGUCUAUCACCCUAGGCUAGGAGGCUGACUCCCACGGGCUGUGUAGAAAUGCCCACUAUGACCAGGAAUAGAAUUUGUACUUUCCACACGACAGUUUAGAGCACUGUCUGGAAAAUGCUGAGUCAACCCUUCCAAUCAAUCGUCUGAGUGACUUAGCAAAAAUUGCCAUCGAGCAUUGUUAUACAAUUAUUUUAUUAUUUGUCUGAUUUCUUAUCUUUCCAAACAAAGCAGUUAAAUAUAUUUUUCUAUUCUUUUUCACUUGGAAAUGUAAGUGUUUUACUGGUUUUCCUGAUAACAGACCAAGAUUUAAACUGUGAUACAUUUUUAUGUGAAGCCGUCAUCGUUCUCCCUUUUCCAGGGGAUUGUUUACUGUAUUUGUUUUAAUCUACGGAUAUUUUUAAUAAAAUAUCAUUUACAGAUCUUUCAUAUUACAAUGUUAUGAGCACAUUAUGGAACAAAUUCUGGCAGAUUAUGUGUAUAUAGGCCUCAGAAAACCCAUACCCAGCACCAUAGAGAAAGCUGUGUUCCCCAUUCUGGUUCUCAUCUAAACCCACGGAGCAACUACUGCUUCACAGGUCUUCCAUGAAAGAAGCUAUAAUGGACCAUUACAGAAUUGGCCUCAAAGUUUAGGGAGCAUGGUCAGCAUGUUUAUGAUCACUAAACACACAUAAGAUCUGUGCAUGUUGUUCAUGCAAAAUGAGGGUGAAUGUCAAGACAGGAAUAAUCCGUUUAUUGGGUUGCUGCUGGCCAGAAUAUGGGUGCACAGUAAUGCUGCUCUUGCAGGAUACAUGUGCGCUCAUUUUGAGGACACUUCUGCAUAGUUCAGGAAUUUGAUCCAAUGAUUUUUGUAUGAUUUCGCUCUCUCUCUGGGGUUCAGAUAUUAUAGUGAUGGGGGCCAUAUAAAUACCUAAAUAGGUUUUUGUGUGUUGUUUUGUAUUUUUUUUUAGCAAUUAAUUUAUUUUUUAAAAAAAUAUGGCUUAAAUUUUCAAGUCUUGUCUUCCUUUUGUAGGUACAAUUUGUAUCUGUAUCUUCUGAUAAUCAUGCAGAUAGUUUUGCCAGUAUUUGCAGUCACAAUUCAUUUGUGGAUGCAAAAAUUUGGGUGCAAUUUGUCCCUGAAAAGAAAAUUUGGCUGUCUCAAUGUAAUGUUCCAACAUGCAACAGAAUGCAUUGCUGAAACAGCUGCAUUCAGACAGAUUUACGAUGGAAGUGCAAAGAAAAAAUAUUUAAGCCGCUCUUUAUUUUGAGCACACUGUACAUAUUUUGGCCUGACCUGAUAUCUGCAGAAAUUUGUUCUCUGCAUUUCCGAUGUUUAAUUUUGUUCUUCUAUUUUCCCUUUUA